AUCCUCUGGACCCAGCCGAUACCCAGCUGUUCUCCGGUGAACUUUAACGGUUUGAGAGACAGGAAGACACCCCAGAAAAUUCACUGCGAUGUCCCUCUGGCUUCUCGGUCCCCAGCCAGAAGAGUUUGAAGCCGUUCACUCCCACACGUUCCGACUGAAGACUUUUAAGAAGGGGAAACACUGCGGUGUGUGCAAGCAGGCCGUCAACAAGGAAGGACUCAUCUGCAGAGUGUGCCGGUUAACAUGCCACAAGAAAUGUGAGGUGAAGGUUUCUACAUCCUGUGUUCCUGCUGCUAACUAUGAACUGGCUCCCAGCAGUGACAUCCCACUGAGGCAUGUAGAAACGACGGGCUCGACAAAAUCUUCGAAGAGCAUGGAGUCCCGACGCAGACCGUCAAGGAGUGUGAGUCUGAUCCAGGCGAUGGAGGAGAACUAUGAGGUGGAUCUGGUCUACAUCACAGAGAGGAUUAUCUCUGUAUCCUUCCCCAGUAGUGUGGAGGAACAGAGCUACAGCGCUAACCUUAAAGAGGUGGCCUCUAUGCUGAGGUCCAAACAUGGAGAUAACUACCUGCUCUUCAACCUCAGUGACAAAAGAUAUGACAUCUCCAAACUGAAUCCUAAAGUGUUGGACUUUGGCUGGCCAGAUCACCAUGCUCCUGCACUGGAUAAGAUCUGCAGCAUUUGUAAAGCGAUGGACACCUGGCUGAAUGCAGACAGCCACAACGUGGUGGUCCUACACAACAAGGGGAAUCGAGGGAGAACUGGUGUGGUGGUGGCCGCAUACAUGCAUUACAGUAACAUAUCGGCCAGUGCAGACCAGGCCUUGGACAGGUUUGCUAUGAAGCGGUUUUAUGAAGAUAAGGUUCUUCCCGUGGGUCAGCCCUCCCAGAGGAGGUACGUACAGUACUUCAGUGGCCUGCUCUCAGGACACAUCAAGAUCAACAACAAGCCUCUCUUCCUGCACCAUGUCAUUAUGCAUGGCAUCCCCAGCUUUGAGACCAAAGGAGGCUGUCGCCCUUUCCUCAAGAUAUACCAGGCCAUGCAGCCUGUUUACACAUCUGGGAUCUAUAACGUCCAGGGGGACAGUCAAACAAGCAUCUGUAUCACCAUUGAGCCUGGCCUGCUGUUGAAAGGAGACAUUCUGCUGAAGUGUUAUCACAAACGUUUCCGAAGUCCAUCCAGGGACGUCAUAUUCCGAGUCCAGUUUCACACGUGUGCCGUUCAUGACCUGGACAUUGUUUUUGGCAAGGAUGAGCUGGAUGAGACCUUUAAAGAUGAUCGAUUUCCUGAAUAUGGAAAGGUGGAGUUUGUUUUCUCUUUUGGGCCUGAGAAAAUUCAAGGGAUGGACCAUCUUGAGAAUGGUCCCACUGUCUCAGUGGACUACAAUACCCAAGAUCCCCUGAUCCGUUGGGAUUCUUACGAGAACUUGAAUCAGCGCUGUGAAGAUUCCAUGGAAGAUGUUAUUCACACGCAAGGACCACUGGACGGGAGCCUCUACGCCAAGGUCCGUAAGAAGGAAUCUCUAGACGGAACAGUCACUGCCAACGGCCUCCCGGUUGCUGUUGAACACACCCUUCCCGCCGUUGACCACGCCCUCCCUGCAGUGGACCACGCCUUGUCUGUCAGCAGCGACUCGGGGAACUCAACUGCCUCCAUCAAGACUGACCGCACUGAUGAGGCCAGCCAGCAGGUGGCACCUGUGAGUCAGCUGCCCGCCCAGCCCCUGAGCCCAGAGGAAAAGCAGGAGCUGGAGCAACUGCUGAGCGGCCUGGAAGCACCGAUGAAUCAGCCAGGCUAUCAAAGUGGUUCCGGAGGUGGAGGAAGUGGUGGGGUCCUCCACCUUGUGCCCGCCCAGGUCCACGUGAACGGGCACAGCAGCAUGGAUCGCGAGACAGACAUUCUUGACGAUGACCUGCCAAACAGCCAAGAGGGCAACAGUGUAGACAGCCUGGGAACCCUCUCAUCCUUUGAGGGCAGAGCCACACCUGCUGACCUGUACUAUCAGCAAGAGACGAUCAUCAAUGGCCAGGAUGCUCCCUACCUGGAGAAAAACGCGCAGCAGAAAACGCCUGAACCUGUGCCACUUGUCCGCAGCUCCUCGUCUGCCCAGGAGCGCCUGGGUGACUCUGUUGUGCCCUCUAGUGGCUACGGUAGCCAGAACGGCAGCAUCUACAGGUCUCAGUCAUUUGGGGCAACGCCCAGCACCGAACAGAUGCUGAUGCCCAAGGCGCCAACCCGCACCACCAGCAGCAGAGAAGCUGUCCAGCGUGGCCUGAACCUGUGGCAACAGUACGGUGUCCCGGAGGUGCCGGUUACAGAGGGCGUCCACUUCAGCCCCGCGUUGCAGACGCAGAGUCUGCCCGAGUUCCCCCACACAGCAUCACAGCAAGAGAUCGAGCAGUCCAUCGAAGCCCUGAACAUACUAAUGCAGGACCUGGACCCAUCCCUGACACAGGUUCCCAAAUCUAACAGCGCCCCCUCCGGAGAGAACAGCGUCAUCACCUCCCAGCCCUCCCUCUCUCAGACCCACGCUCGACCCUCGUACCAGGCUGAUGUUGCCCUUCAUGCCCACGGGGGAGCUGUGCCCUCUGGCAGCGCCCAGAGGGCCUCCCCAGUUCAUCACUCUCUGUUACCGGCAAAGUCCCCACUUCCAGAUCAGCCAGCUGUCUACGGUCAGCAGAGACCUGCAGCAGUUCCAUCUGACGCAGAGAACCAGGGUUCGCCUCGCAUCAGCCCAGUUCCACAGGCCUUGCCCGUGGGGCCAUCUCCCACCUUUGGAACCCUCCACCUGAAGCCCAUCAACACCUAUCCGUCUAGCACAGGAUCCGACCCCUCUGAGCAGCAGAAGAGCCCUUCUCCAAAAUCACCUCCAAAACGCAGCUACACUGCCUCCUCCUUCCCCCUGGCCAAAGAGACAGAGCCUGAAGACGCUAACUACAACCUGGAGGGUCUGGUGGCUCAGCGUGUGGCCGAAUACACAGCUCGCCUCUACUAUCUCAGCACCAGCAUGCCGGGGUCAGCCCGCCGACGCUCUCUCUCCUUCUCUGGACACGUCCAGUCCCAUGACAUGCCAGGAGAAGACGCCUCGGCACCGGGGCGGAACCGCACCAUCAGCGAGGGCCAUGCUCGAGAUGGAAGCCCCACCCACGGAACCUCGGUCCGCUCCCCCAUCCGCUGCAUUUCUCCAGAGCUGGCCAAUACUAUCGCUCUCAACCCUGGGGGGCGGCCCAAGGAGGGACCAAUGCACAGUUACAGAGAGGCCUUUGAGGAGAUGGAUGGGGUCCCUGCAAGCCCCCCACCCACUGCUGGUGGUGAGGUUCCCCCCAAAACCCCUGCCUUCCCCAUCUCACCUCAGACCCCUUACUCCAACCUGUCUCGCUCACCUCCAGGUCUGGCUAAAACACCGCUGUCUUUCCUCGGGCUGAAACCUCACAAUCCGGCUGAGAUUCUGCUCAACCAGACCGGUUCAGAGCCUCGCAGCUAUGUGGAGUCAGUGGCCAGGUCGGCAGCCGUGGGAGGGGCCCAACCACCAUCACCAUCUCCAUCUCCUUCAUACGACAGCAGCAGUCCAGUGAAAACAGAGGCCCCCACCCACACCAUCAACCCCCCACUGUCCUCCAGCAGCCCUGUCCAAAGUCCAGACAAAGAGCAGCCGGCGUCUGUUGACAGGAGUUUGGGCCUGAGCACUCUGUCCCAGCCUGUCACUGUCGACUCCGGGUUCCGCUCCCAGCCCUCAGAAAGCUCCUCACGCACCCCUACCCCCUCCUCCUACCCCUCCUCUUUCCCCUCCUCUUACCCCUCCUCUUACCCCACCUCUUACCCCACCUCCAUCAGCAUGACGGGCAGCUACAUUAUCCCAGACCUGAGCCCAGUGCCAUCAGAUGUCACCCAGGCCAGUUACCUGCCCACCCAUCCCAUGCCUGGGAGUCCCAGCACUCUACACCGCACUGUAGCGUCAAGUCCCGUCAUUCAGCACAGACUGGCCAAUCAGGAAAGCCCAGUCUCCGGAAGACAGCAGUCACCUUCUAAUGGGUUCCAGCCUGGGGCGGGGAACAGUCCAGUGCUGGGAAGACAUCCCACUGUUGUCUCUCAGGGCACCCAGAGCAGCCCAGUCCUCAGUCGACAACCGUCCAUCAAUCAGACGAGCGUCGUCCAGGCCACGCAGAGCAGUCCUCUGAUGGGCAGACAGCUCCCUCUCAGUCAGCCCGGUCAGGGAAGCCCCGUGAUGGGUCGCCAUCCCUCCGUCACGCAGGUGCCUCAGGGCAGCCCCAGUCUGGACAGGCACCCGACGUACAGCGGCUAUACCACUCCAGACGAACGCCACGGCGCCCUGUCGCGCCAGAGCAGCUCCUCGGGGUACCACCCGCCGUCCACACCCUCUUUCCCCGUCUCUCCUGCUGGCUACCUGGACGGGGUGGGCCACUACAGGCAGGGCAGCCCCGUUUCCCAGCCUCAGCUCCCCGAAAAGAGGCGGAUGUCCAGCGGGGAUCGUUCCAACGGUGUCCUGUCCUACGGAACGCUGAAUGGAAAGAUGUCCUCACCCAUGUCCAGCGGUGGCAGCACACCUAACGUCCAUUUCUUCCACACCCUGCCCGACUUCUCCAAGCUCAGCAUGUGCGAUGGAAGUCCAGAGACCAGGAUGAAUGUAAAAUUUGUCCAGGACACCUCCAAGUUCUGGUACAAGCCGGAUAUCUCCAGAGAACAAGCGAUCAACAUCCUAAAGGACCGGGAACCUGGGGCCUUCAUUAUCAGGGACAGUCACAGUUUCAGAGGGGCGUACGGCCUAGCCAUGAAGGUAGCCUCUCCGCCGCCCACAGCGCAACCAAAUAAGAAAGCUGGUGACAUCACUAAUGAGUUGGUAAGGCACUUCUUGAUUGAGACAAGUCCGAAGGGGGUGAAACUGAAGGGCUGUCCUAACGAGCCGUACUUUGGAUGUCUGUCUGCACUGGUGUACCAGCACUCCAUCACCCCGCUGGCUUUGCCGUGUAAGCUGGUCAUUCCCACCCGAGAUCCUCAUGAGGAAUCCCCAGAGAUCGCCACACCGACCAAUCAGGCUGCUGAUCUGCUGAAGCAAGGAGCAGGGAAGAAGGGUCCUACUGAAUCCCAUGCAUGCAACGUUCUCUACAUCAACUCUGUGGACAUGGAGUCUCUGACCGGACCACAAGCCAUCGCCAAGGCGAUUACAGAAACCAUGGCAACCAACCCUCCGCCAACGGCCACCGUCGUCCACUUUAAGGUGUCUCCGCAGGGCAUCACGUUAACUGACAACCAGAGGAAGCUUUUCUUCCGGCGACACUACCCCAUCAACACGAUCACUUUCUGCGACGUUGACCCUCAGGAAAGGAAGUGGAACAAACCGGAAGGUGGCUCUGCAAAGUUCUUUGGAUUUGUGGCCAGAAAACAAGGAAGCACAACGGACAACGCCAGCCACCUCUUUGCCGAGCUGGACCCGGAUCAGCCCGCCACCGCCAUCGUCAGCUUCGUCUCCAAGGUGAUGACGGGCACCCAGAAACGAUGAGGCCGACUUCCUGUUCCCCCCCCCACAGAGGACACUCGUGUUCGUUUUUUCCUUCUGUUCGAUUUCUCUGAGUCACCCUCUCUUUUGUUUUCCGUGUGUAAAUAUCUCUGCCCGUGUCGGAGUGUGUAUGUUUUUUUGUUUUUGUUUUUGUUUUUGUUGUUGUUGUUGUUUGUGUGUGUACGUGUUUUGGGGUUUUUUUUUUUGGAAGGCUAUAGGAGUUGAGUUGAGAAGGGGCCAGAGGAAGUGAUGUGGAGGGGAGUGUGAUGGAGUGAUUGCAGAAAGGAGAGAUGAACCUCAUCUCUCAGCAGGGUAAUGCUGUAAAGGGAGAACAGCUGACGUCAGCGAGCUUGUUGCUUUUUAAACAGAAAAAGGAAAAGAAAAAGUUUUUUUUUUAAAGAAGAGUGAUGAUGUGGAGAAGGCUGAAAUCAUGCGUUUUGGACUGAUCUACCAAAGAUAAGACAACAGCCAGGACAAAUCUGUCAAUACUGGAGAGGGUUUUGUUUUUCUUCUUUUG